AUGGUGGCUGGGAUGCUGAUGCCGCUGGGGCAGCUGCGGGCCAUCUAUGAAUUGCUCUUCCGUGAUGGCGUCAUGGUGGCACAGAAAGACCGGUGCCCACACAGCUGCCAUCCCCAGCUGCCAGGGGUCAGCCACCUGCAAGUCCAGCGGGCCAUGGGCUCGCUGCGCUCCCGUGGCCUGGUCCGUGAGACCUUUGCCUGGCGCCACUGCUAUUGGUACUUGACGGACGAGGGCAUUGCCCAUCUGCGCGAUUACCUGCGUCUGCCGCCGGAGAUAGUGCCCGCCACCCUGCAGCGCGUCCGGCAGCCUGUUGCUCGGGUGAGGCCUGCCUCGCAGCCACCGCGCACACAGACCGUGGCAGGGCCAUUCGCGUGCCCCCCCAAGCCUCAGGAGGCCUCGCGGCAAGCGUAUCGCCGGAAGGAGGACGUUGCCAUCCCUGCUGUGCGGGCGGCAUCACGGGAGGCCUCGACUGCUGGUCCUGCAGAAGACGAACGAGAUCGGGUUCAGAAGAAAACCUUCACGAAAUGGGUCAACAAGCACCUCAUCAAGCACUGGCGGGCAGAGGCCCAGCGCCAUGUGAACGACCUCUACGAGGACCUCCGCGAUGGACACAAUCUGAUUUCUCUCCUGGAGGUGCUCUCUGGAGACACCCUGCCUCGGGAGAAGGGCCGGAUGCGGUUCCACAAGCUGCAGAAUGUGCAAAUAGCGCUGGACUACCUGAAGCACCGGCAGGUGAAGCUGGUUAACAUCCGGAAUGACGACAUCGCGGACGGGAACCCCAAGCUGACCCUUGGCCUCAUCUGGACCAUCAUCCUGCACUUCCAGAUCUCCGACAUCCAGGUGAGCGGCCAGUCGGAGGAUAUGACCGCCAAAGAGAAGCUGCUGCUCUGGUCUCAGCGCAUGGUGGAAGGGUACCAGGGCCUGCGCUGCGACAACUUCACCAUCAGCUGGCGCGACGGGCGCCUCUUCAAUGCCAUCAUCCACCGACACAAGCCAAUGUUGAUUGAUAUGAACAAAGUCUACCGCCAGACCAACGUGGAGAACCUGGAGCAGGCCUUCUCGGUGGCAGAGCAUGAUCUGGGGGUGACACGAUUGCUGGACCCUGAAGAUGUCGACGUGCCUCAGCCAGAUGAGAAGUCCAUCAUCACGUACGUCUCUUCGCUCUAUGACGCCAUGCCCCGCGUGCCAGAUGUACAGGAUGGAGUGAAGGCCAAUGAAUUGCAGCUGCGUUGGCAAGAGUAUUCGGAGGUGGUGACGUUGCUUCUGCAGUGGAUCCGGCACCACACGGUGGUCUUUGAGGAGCGGAAGUUCCCUGCGAGCUACGAGGAGAUCGAGGUCCUGUGGCGGCAGUUCUUGAAAUUCAAGGAGACGGAGCUUCCUGCCAAGGAGUCCGACAAGAACCGAUCCAAGGCGAUCUACCAGUCCCUGGAGGCCGCAGUGCAGUCCGGGCAGCUGAAGGUCCCCCCCGGCUACCACCCACUGGAUGUGGAAAAGGAGUGGGGCAAACUCCACGUGGCCAUCCUGGAGCGAGAGAAGCUUCUGCGCUCUGAGUUCGAAAGGCUGGAGCGGCUGCAGCGCAUCGUCAGCAAGCUCCAGAUGGAGUCUGGCCUCUGCGAGGAGCAGCUGAACCAGGCCGACACCCUCCUGCAGUCGGACAUCCGGCUGUUGAACGCAGGCAAGGCGUCCCAGAAGUCGGCAGAGAUUGAGCGCGACCUGGACAAGGCCGAUGCCAUGAUCCGUUCGCUCUUCAAUGACGUGCAGACGCUCAAGGAUGGGCGCCACCCCCAGGGCGAGCAGAUGUAUCGCAGGGUUUACCGCUUGCACGAACGCCUGGUGGCCAUCCGCACCGAAUACAACCUCCGCCUGAAGUCUGGUUCAGCACCCGUCACCCAGGUCACCCUGCCUGUUACCCAGCGGCCCCGGCAGGAGCUGGAAGAUGUCACGCUGCGCUACCUGCAGGAUUUGCUGGCCUGGGUGGAGGAGAACCAGCGCCGCGUCAGUGUGGCUGAGUGGGGCAUUGACCUGCCCACUGUGGAGUCGCAGCUGGGCAGCCACCGGGGCCUGCAUCAGUCCAUCGAGGAGUUCCGCACCAAGAUCGAGAGAGCCCGUGCCGACGAGGCCCAGCUCUCCCCUGGCCCCCGCAACGCCUACAGGGACUGCCUGAGCAAGCUUGAUUUACAGUACGCCAAACUGCUGAACUCCUCCAAGGCCCGGCUGCGGCACCUGGAGAGCCUCCAUGCCUUUGUGGCAGCUGCCACCAAGGAGCUGAUGUGGCUGAACGAGAGGGAAGAGGAGGAGGUGAACUACGACUGGAGCGAACGCAACAGCAACAUGAGCGCCAAGAAGGAGAGCUACUCGGGCCUGAUGCGAGAACUGGAACAGCGGGAGCGGAAGAUCAAGGAGAUCCAGAACACGGGGGACCGGCUGCUGCGAGAAGACCACCCGGGCAAGCCAACGGUGGAGGCGUUCCAGGCUGCCCUGCAGACCCAGUGGAGUUGGAUGCUGCAGCUCUGCUGCUGUAUAGAGGCUCACCUGAAGGAGAACACAACCUAUUUCCAGUUUUUUGCUGAUGUGAAAGAAGCCGAGGAGUUUUUGCGCAAGGCCCAGGAGACACUGAGGAAGAAGUUCACCUGUGACCGUUCCGUCACCUUGACGCGCCUGGAGGACCUGCUGCAAGACUCCCUGGACGAGAAGGAGCACCUGACCGAGUACCAGGGACAGCUGGCUGGGCUGGCCAAGCGUGCCAAGGCUGUGGUCCAGCUAAAGCCCCGAAGCCCAUCGCCCCCGCUCAAGGGCCGCCUGCCGCUUCAGGCCGUCUGCGACUACAAGCAAAUGGAGAUCACAGUGCACAAGGGCGACUCCUGCACCCUCCUGAGCAACGCCCAGCCCUAUAAGUGGAAGGUACUGGAUGUGGCAGGGAGCGAGGCCGUCGUGCCGUCUGUCUGCUUCCUGGUGCCCCCACCCAACAAGGACGCCCUGGAAGCAGUUGGCAGGUUGGAGGCCACUCACCAGAACCUGCUGAGCCUCUGGCACCAGCUGCACAUCGAUCUGAAGAGCCUCCUCUACUGGCAGUCCCUGCAGCGUGACCUCCAGCAAAUCCAGUCGUGGUCUCUCCUUGUGUUUCGGACAAUGCCCCCCGAGGAGUACCGGCAGACACUGCGCAGCCUGGAGACCCACUACCAGGAGUUCCUGCGCUGCAGCCAAGAUGCGCAGAACUUCCUUCCGGAUGACCGGCUGCACGUGCAGCGUGAAUAUACCACCUGCACCCAGAAGUACGAGCUGCUGCUACGCAGCCUGGAGAAAGGCGAGCAGGAGGAGUCUCUGUGCAGGAACUACAUUUCCCAGCUGAAGGACAUCCGCCUGCAGUUGGAGGGCUGCGAGUCCCGCACCAUCCAUAAAAUCCGCUUGCCACUCGACAAAGAUCCUGCCAGGGAGUGUGCCCAGCGCAUCAGUGACCAGCAGCAAAUCCACCUGGAACUGGAGGGCAUCAAGAAGAGCCUGGGCAAAGUGAGUGCCAAGAUGGAGCAGGUGCUGGCUCAGCCGGAUCAGGCCAGCUCAGCCCCCACACUGCACUCGGAGCUGGACGUCACCUUGCAGAAGAUGGACCAGGUGUACAGCCUGUCCAGCGUCUACCUGGAGAAGCUGAAGACCAUCAACCUGGUGAUCCGCAGCACUCAAGGCGCUGAGGAGCUGGUCCGGAAGUACGAGGAGCAGCUGAAGGAGGUGCAGGCAGUGCCCUCCGACCUCAAGGAGCUGGAGGCGACCAAGGCUGAGCUGAAGAGGCUGCGUGGGCAAGUGGAAGGGCACCAGCCCCUCUUCAGCACCCUGGAGGCGGACCUGGGCAAGGCCGGCGAGGUGAACGAGCGGAUGGUGCGGGGCCACAGCGAGAGGGACGUGGACCUGGACCGCUACCGCGAGCGAGUGCAGCAGCUCCUGGAGCGCUGGCAGGCCAUCCUGGCCCAGAUCGACCUGCGCCAGCGGGAGCUGGACCAGCUGGGCCGCCAGCUGCGCUACUACCGGGAGAGCUACAGCGGGCUCAUCCGGUGGAUCCAGGAGGCCCGGCAGCGCCAGGAGAUCAUCCAGGCCGUGCCCAUCACCGAUAGCAAGACUGUGCGCGAGCAGCUGCUGCAAGAGAAGAAACUGCUGGAGGAGUGUGAUCGGAACCGGGAGAAGGUGGAGGAGUGCCAGCGCUUUGCCAAGCAAUACAUCGAUGCUAUCAAGGAUUACGAACUUCAGUUGGUGACGUACAAAGCCCAGGUAGAGCCGGUUGUCUCCCCAGCCAAGAAGCCCAAAUUUCAGUCUGCGUCAGACAGCAUUCUCCAGGAGUAUGUGGACUUGCGGACCCGAUACAGCGAGCUCACCACGCUGACCAGCCAGUACAUCAAGUUCAUUACUGAGACCCUGCGACGGCUGGAGGAAGAGGAGAAAGCAGCGGAGAAGCUGAAGGAGGAAGAGCAGAGGCGGCUGGCUGAGGUGGAGGCCCAGCUGGAGAAGCAGAAGCAGUUGGCCGAGGCCCACGCCCGCGCCAAGGCCCAGGCCGAGCAGGAGGCCCGGGAGCUGCAGCAGCGCAUGCAGGAGGAGGUCAGCAGGCGGCAGCUGGUGGCCGUGGAUGCUGCGCAGCAGAAGCAGAAUAUCCAGCAGGAGCUGGCGCAGAUGAAGCUCAACUCGGAUGUGCAGAUCCAGUCCAAGCUGAAGCUGAUUGAGGAGGCUGAGCUGAGCCGCAAGCGGGUGGAGGAGGAAAUCCGCGUGGUGCGCCUGCAGCUGACUGCCACAGAGAAGCAGAAGUUGGGUGCCGAGGAGGAACUGCAAGCCCUGCGGGCCCGGGCCGAGGAGGCUGAGCGCCAGAAGAGGCUGGCCCAGGAGGAGGCUGAGCGCCUGCGCAAGCAGGUGGCGGAUGAGGCUCAGAAGAAGAGGGAGGCCGAGGAGGAGCUGAAGCGCAAGGUGCAGGCCCAGCAGCAAGCAGCCCGGGAGAAGCAGGCAGCCCUAGAGGACCUGCAGGCCUUGCGCCAGCAGGCUGAGGAGGCUGAGCGCAGGAUGAAGCAGGCCGAGCUGGAGAAAGAGCGGCAGAUCCAGGUGGCCCAGGACGUGGCGCUGAAGAGCGCUGAGGCAGACCUGCAAAGCCGGCGCCUGUCCUUUGCCGAAAAGACCGCCCAGCUGGAGCUCUCUCUCAAGCAGGAGCACAUCACGGUCACCCACCUGCAAGAGGAGGCCGAGCGCCUGCGUAAGCAGCAGCUGGAGGCAGAGCACUCUCGGGAUGAGUCAGAGAAGGAGGUGGAGAAGUGGCGCCAGAAGGCCAAUGAGGCACUGCGACUAAGGCUGCAGGCUGAGGAGGUGGCCCACAAGAAGUCCCUGGCCCAGGAGGAAGCCGAGAAGCAGAAGGAGGAUGCCGAGCGGGAGGCCCGGAAGCGGGCCAAGGCCGAGGAGUCCGCUCUGCGCCAGAAGGAGCUGGCUGAGGAGGAGCUGGACAAGCAGCGGCGGCUGGCCGAGGGCACUUCCCAGCAGAAGUUCCAGGCAGAGCAAGAGCUGAUUCGCCUGAAGGCAGAGAUGGAGAACGGGGAGCAGCACCGCCUCCUGCUUGAGGAGGAGCUCUUCCGCCUCAAGGCAGAAGUGAGCGAAGCCAUCCACAAGCGAGCAGAGCUGGAGGAGGAGCUGGCCAAGCUGCGGGCGGAGAUGGAGCUGUUGUUGCAGAGCAAGGCCAAGGCCGAGGAGGACUCGCGCUCCACCAGCGAGAAGUCCAAGCAGAUCCUGGAGGCUGAGGCCAGCAAGUUGCGGGAGCUGGCGGAGGAGGCGGCACGGCUGCGGGCCCUCUCUGAAGAAGCCAAGCGGCAGCGGCAGCUGGCAGAGGAAGAAGCUGCCCGGCAGCGGGCAGAAGCUGAGCGGAUCCUCAAGGAGAAGCUGGCUGCCAUCAACGAAGCCUCACAGCUGAAAGCUGAAGCUGAAAUCGCCCUGAAGGAGAAGGAGGCAGAGAAUGAGCGGCUACGGCGGCUGGCUGAGGACGAGGCCUACCAGCGGCGGCAGCUGGAGGAGCAAGCGGCACAGCACAAGCGCGACAUCGAGGAGAAGAUAGCCCAGCUGAAGCAGUCCUCGUCCAGCGAGCUGGAGCGGCAGAAGAGCCUCGUGGAUGACACGGUGAAGCAGCGGCGCCUCAUCGAGGAGGAGAUCCGGGUCCUCAAGCUGCAGUUUGAGAAGGCUUCUGUCGGGAAGGCAGACCUGGAGCUGGAGCUGGGCAAGAUCAAGCAGAGUGCUGAGGAGGUCCAGCAGAGCAAGGAGCAAGCGGAGCGCGAGGCGGAGAAGCUGCGGCGCUUGGCCCUGGAGGAGGAGCGGCGCCGCAGGGAGGCUGAAGAGAAGGUCCAGAAGAUCCUGGCUGCCGAGCAGGAGGCUGGCCGCCAGCGGAAGGCCGCCCUGGAGGAGGUGGAGCGCCUGAAGGCCAGGGUGGAGGAGGCCAAGAAGCAGAAGGAGCUGGCCGAGCGCGAGUCGGAGCGGCAGAUCCAGCUGGCCCAGGAGGCUGCCCAGAAGAGGAUUGCGGCCGAGGAGAAGGCCCACCUGGUGGCUGUGCAGCAGAGGGAGCAGGAGAUGCUGCAGACCCGGCAGCAGGAGAAGAGCCUCCUGGACAGGCUGAGGGAGGAGGCCGCCCAGGCCAAGAAGGCCGCAGAGGAAGCCGAAUUUGCCCGAAUCAAGGCGGAGCAGGAGGCGACGUUGUCCCACCAGCUGGUAGAAGAGGCCGAGCGCCUGAAGCAGCGAGCAGAGGAGGAGGCCCAGGCUCAAGCCAAAGCCCAAGGGGAGGCCGAAAAACUCCGGAAGGAGGCUGAGCUGGAGGCCGCCAAGAGGGCGCAAGCAGAGCAAGCGGCCCUCCGGCAGAAGCAGCUGGCUGACGCGGAAAUGGAGAAGCACAAGAAGUUUGCUGAGCAGACUCUGCGGCAGAAGGCCCAGGUGGAGCAGGAGCUGGCCAAGGUCAAGCUGCGGCUGGAGGAGACGGACCACCAGAAGAGCAUCUUGGACGAGGAGCUGCAGCGGCUGAAGGACGAGGUAACCGAAGCCAUGAAGCAGAAGGCCCAGGCUGAGGAGGAGCUCUUCAAGGUGAAGAUCCACAUGGAGGAGCUGAUCAAGCUGAAAACCCGCAUUGAGGAGGAGAACAAGGCGCUCAUCAUGAAGGACAAGGACAACAUGCAGAAGUUCCUGGCGGAGGAGGCGGAGAAGAUGAAGCAGGUGGCUGAGGAGGCCGCUCGACUGAGCAUAGAGGCGCAGGAGGCCGCCCGCAUGCGGAAGCUGGCGGAGGAGGAUCUGGCGCAGCAGCGGGCCCUGGCGGAGAAGAUCCUGAAGGAGAAGAUGCAGGCGGUCCAGGAAGCCACGCGGCUGAAGGCGGAGGCAGAAGUGCUGCAGAAGCAAAAGGACCUGGCCCAGGAGCACGCCAGGAAGCUGCAGGAAGACAAGGCGCAGGUGCUGCAGCAGUUGGCAGAGGAGACGGAGGGCUUCCAGAGGACUCUGGAGGCGGAGCGCAAGCGGCAGCUGGAGAUGAGUGCCGAUGCGGAGCGCCUGAAGCUGCAGGUGUCCGAGAUGAGCCGGGCCCAGUCCAAGGCGGAGGAAGAGGCCCGCCGGUUCAGGAAGCAGGCGGAGGAGAUCAGUCAGAAGCUGCACCAAACUGAGCUGUCCUCCCAGGAGAAGGUGACGCUGGUGCAGACCCUGGAGAUGCAGAGGCACCAGAGCGAUCAGGAUGCCGAGAAACUGAGGCAAGCCAUCGCUGAGCUGGAACAGGAGAAGGAGAGGCUGAAACGGGAGGCAGAGCUGCUGCAACAGAAGGCACAAGAGAUGCAGACGGCCCAGAAGGAGCAGCUACGCCAGGAGACGCAGAUGCUUCAGCAGACCUUCCUGUCGGAGAAGGACGCCCUCCAGCAGAAGGAGAGAUUCAUCGAGGAAGAGAAGGCCAAGCUGGAGAAGCUUUUCCAGGACGAAGUGAACAAAGCGCGGGGCCUGAAGGCCGAGCAGGACCGUCAGCAGGAGGAGAUGGAGCAGGAGAAGCAGCAGCUGAAGGGCAGCCUGGAGGAGGCCCGGAGGAGGCAAGCGGAGGCGGAGGAGAACGCCCGCCGCAAGCAGGAGGAGAUGCAGCAGCUGCAGAAGCAACGGCAGCUGCAGGAGAAACUGCUGGCAGAGGAGAACCAGAAGCUGAGGGAGAAACUGGAGCUCCUGCAGGAGGAGCACCGAGCGGCCCUGGCCCAGACCCGGGAGAUCAUGAUCCAGACGGAGGAGCUGCCCCACCAGGCCGUGGCCCCUCCGCUGAAGGCCAUGCCCAACGGGAGGGACGCGAUCGAUGGCGUAGCUCAAAACGGCGAGCCGGAGUUCGCCUUUGAGGGCCUCCGGCAGAAGGUGCCUGCCCAGAAACUGACAGAGGCCGGCAUCUUGAGCAGAGAGAACUUGGAGAAGCUGACCAAAGGGACGGUGACCCCCGAGCAGCUGGCGCAGAGGGAGGACAUCAGGCGGUACCUGCGAGGAACAAGCAGCAUCGCUGGCCUGCUGACUAAGCCAGGCAAUGAGAAGGUGGGCAUCUAUCAGGCCUGGAAGCAGCAGCUGCUGAGCCCGGGCACAGCUCUCAUCCUUCUGGAGGCACAGGCCGCCUCCGGCUUCAUUGUGGACCCCGUGAGGAACAGGAGACUGUCCGUCAAUGAGGCCGUGAAAGAAGGUGUGGUUGGCCCCGAGCUGCACAACAAACUGCUGUCUGCUGAACGGGCAGUGACUGGCUACAAGGACCCCUACACCGGAGACAAGAUCUCCCUCUUCCAGGCCAUGACAAAGGGCCUCAUUAUCAAGGAGCACGGCGUUCGGCUGCUGGAGGCCCAGAUUGCCACGGGGGGCAUCAUCGACCCCAUCAACAGCCACCGCCUGCCUGUGGAAGUGGCGUUCAAGCGAGGCUACUUCGAUGAGGAGAUGCAGCAGGUUCUGUCUGACCCAACUGAUGACACCAAGGGCUUCUUUGACCCCAACACCCAUGAAAACCUGACCUACCUGCAGCUGAUGGAGCGGUGCGUGACAGACCCUGAGACUGGGCUCUUCCUCCUGCCGCUGACGGGCAAAGCCGCUGCAGGAGAGCUGGCCUACACAGACCGAGAGGCCAGAGACGUCUUCCAGAAAGCCACAGUGUCCGCGCCCUUUGGCAAAUUCAAGGGGAAGACGGUGACAAUCUGGGAAAUCAUCAACUCUGAGUAUUUCACUGAGGAGCAGAGGCGGGACCUGCUGCGCCAGUACAAGACGGGAAAGAUCACCGUGGAGAAGAUCAUCAAAGUCGUCAUCACGGUGGUGGAGGAGAGCGAGAAGAGGAGCCUGCUCUGCUUCGAGGGCCUCCGAGCCCCUGUUCCAGCUGUGGAGCUGCUGGAGAGCAAAGUCCUGAGCCAGGAUCUUUACAGCCAGCUGCAGCAGGGGAAGAAGUCUGUGAAGGACGUCGCCGGCGCUGAUUCCAUUAAAAGGUACUUGACGGGCAGCACUGCCAUUGCGGGCAUCGUGGUUGAGUCCACUGGCCAAAAGCUACCACUCAGCGACGCCUUGAAGAAAAACCUCCUGAAACCAGAGGUCGCCCUCACCCUUCUGGAGGCCCAGGCGGGUACCGGGUACAUCCUCGAUCCUCUGAGGAACGAGCAGCUCCCUGUGGAUGAAGCCGUGAGAGCAGGCCUUGUUGGACCUGAGCUGCACGAAAAGCUGCUCUCUGCAGAGAAAGCCGUGACGGGCUACAAGGAUCCCUACACGGGGCAGGUGGCCUCUCUCUUCCAAGCGCUGCAAAAAGGCCUCAUCCCGAAGAGCAGUGGGAUCCGCCUCCUGGAUGCUCAGCUCGCCACUGGUGGCAUAAUCGAUCCCGUGCACAGCCACCGCCUCCCUCUAGAGACUGCCUGCAAGCGGGGCUACUUCAGCGAGGAGAUGAACAAGGUCUUGUCGGCUCCAUCUGAUGAGGCCAAGCUGUACUAUGACCCAAACAUCCAGGAGCACGUCACCUAUGCUCAGCUGCAGAAGAGAUGCCAAGUGGACCAGCAGACGGGCCUCUUCUUGCUCUCCCUCUCAGAGCAGGCCAUCCAGCGGCAGCAGGAAGAAAUCUACUCUGACAGUCAGGCCAAGGAGUCCUUUGACAAGACGACAGUCGAAGUGCCUGCUGGCAGCCUGAAGGGCAAGACAGUCACCAUCUGGGAGCUGAUUCACUCGGAGUAUUUCACCGAAGAACAAAGGAGGGAGCUGAUCCGGCAGUACAAAUCAGGCAAGGUCACCAUUGAGAGGGUCAUCAAAAUCAUCAUCACCAUCAUUGAAGAGACUGAGGCCAAGAAGCAAGAGAAGCUGAGCUUCAGUGGCUUGCGAGCGCCUGUGCCUGCGAGCGAACUGCGGGAGUCCAGGAUCCUUAGCAAGACCCAGUACGAACAGCUGAAGGAAGGGCACAAAUCUGUGAAGGACUUCUCUGACAUGGAGGCCAUCAAGAAGUUCCUGCAGGGGAGCGACUGCAUUGCUGGUGUCUACGUGGAAGGGACCAAGGAGAAGCUGAGCCUCUACGAAGCCAUGAGGAGGAAUCUUCUCUUGCCCAGCACGGCUGCUGUUCUCUUGGAGGCCCAGGCAGCCACCGGGUUCCUGGUUGACCCAGUCAGGAACCAGAAGAUGUAUGUGAACGAGGCAGUGAAGGCGGGCCUUGUGGGACCAGAGCUGCACGAAAGGCUGCUGUCUGCAGAGAAGGCGGUCACUGGGUACAAAGACCCUUACUCUGGGAACACCAUUUCCCUCUUUGAGGCCAUGAAGAAGGGCCUGAUCCUCCGGGAGCAUGCCAUCCGCCUGCUGGAGGCCCAGAUUGCCACAGGGGGCAUCAUCGACCCCGUGCACAGCCACCGCCUCCCCGUGGAGGUCGCGUACAAGCGGGGCUGCUUUGACGAGGAAAUGAACCGAACCCUCUCAGACCCUACAGAUGACACCAAGGGCUUUUUUGACCCCAAUACUAAGGAGAAUCUGACCUAUCUGAAACUAAAGGAGCGGAGUAUUGAAGAUCCUGAGACUGGCCUCUACCUCUUGCCCCUGAAGCAGCCUGAGAGGCCCGCCAUGGUGGAGACAACCCAGGUGUACACAGAGGCAGAGACCAAGAAGGUGUUUGAGGAGACACAGAUUAACAUUCCAGCGGGAGACAGGGCCGGCUCCUCCAUGUCCCUGUGGGACAUCAUGCACUCCAGCCUCAUCCCUGAGGAGCAGCGCAAGCGACUGAUGGAGGAGUUCCGCUCCGGCCAGGUGACCAAGGAGCGCAUGAUCAUCAUCAUCAUCGAAAUCAUAGAGAAAACGGAGAUCAUCCGGCAGCAGGACCUCACCUCCUAUGACUACGUCCGGCGCCGCAUCACCGCCGAAGACUUGUAUGAGGCCAGGAUCAUCUCCCUGGAGAUAUACAACGCACUGAAGCAGGGCUCCAAGACCAUCCGUGAAGUUCUAGAGAUAGAAACUGUCUGGAAGUAUCUUUAUGGCACAGGUUGUGUUGCUGGCAUCUACAUCCCAUCCAGCAAGCAGAAGCUCGGCGUCUACCAGUCUCUGAAAAAAGGGCUGAUCAAUCCGGAGGUGGCGCGAUGCUUGCUGGAAGCCCAGGCUGCCACUGGCUUCGUUGUUGACCCCAUCAAAAAUGAGAUGUUAACUGUAGACGAGGCUGUCCGGAAAGGGGUGGUGGGGCCCGAAAUGCACGACCGACUGCUGUCUGCUGAGAGAGCUGUGACUGGCUACCGCGACCCGUACAGUGAGCAAAAAAUCUCUCUUUUCCAGGCCAUGAAGAAAGAUCUCAUCCCUUCUGAAGAAGCCCUCCGACUGCUAGAUGCCCAGUUAGCCACAGGAGGCAUUGUCGACCCUCACAUGGGCUUCCACUUGCCCUUGGAAAUUGCCUGUCAGCGUGGCUACUUCAAUCGAGAGACUUACGAAAGACUGUCCGAGCCCAGUGAGGUCCGCAGCUAUGUGGACCCUUCCACAGAUGAAAAGAUCAGCUACGCACAGAUCCUCAAGCGUUGCAAGAAGGAUGAGAACACUGGCUGCCUGCUGCUGCCACUCUGUGACACUCGGAAGCUGACAUUCAGGGGCCUGAGGAAGCAGAUCACUGUGGAAGAGUUGGUUCGGUCCAAGGUCAUGGAUGAAGCGACUGCGCAGCGCCUCCAGGAGGGCUUAACCUCUGUGGAGGAAGUCUCUAAAAACCUGCAGAAGUUCUUAGAGGGCACCAGCUGCAUUGCUGGCGUAUAUGUGGAUUCCACAAAGGAGAGACUGUCCGUUUAUCAGGCUAUGAAAAAAGGCAUCAUCCGUCCUGGCACAGCCUUCGAGCUGCUGGAAGCCCAAGCAGCCACCGGAUAUGUCGUUGACCCCAUCAAGGGGCUCAAACUGACUGUGGAGGAGUCCGUGCGCAUGGGAAUUGUGGGCCCCGAAUUCAAGGACAAGCUACUUUCUGCAGAGAGGGCAGUGACCGGUUAUAAGGAUCCCUAUUCAGGCAAGCUGAUCUCUCUGUUCCAAGCCAUGAAAAAGGGGCUGAUCCUGAAAGACCACGGGAUCCGUUUGCUGGAAGCUCAGAUUGCUACAGGAGGCAUUAUUGACCCAGAGGAAAGUCAUCGCUUGCCUGUGGAGGUCGCAUACAAGAGAGGCCUGUUUGACGAGGAAAUGAAUGAGAUCCUACUAGAUCCUAGUGAUGACACCAAGGGGUUCUUUGACCCAAACACAGAGGAGAACCUGACGUAUCUGCAGCUGAUGGAAAGGUGUAUCACAGACCCAGAGACUGGACUUUGUCUUCUGCCAUUGAAGGAGAAGAAGCGUGAGAGGAAGACGUCCUCCAAGUCCUCUGUCCGCAAACGCCGGGUGGUGAUUGUUGACCCAGAGACCGGGAAGGAAAUGUCUGUGUAUGAAGCUUACCGCAAAGGCCUUAUUGACCACCAAACUUAUUUGGAGCUCUCUGAGCAGGAGUGUGAAUGGGAGGAGAUUACCAUUUCCUCUUCAGACGGAGUCGUCAAGUCCAUGAUCAUCGACCGGAGAUCUGGGCGGCAGUAUGAUAUUGAUGAUGCCAUUGCAAAGGGGCUAAUAGACCAGUCUGCCCUGGACCAGUACCGCUCAGGCACCUUGUCCAUUACAGAAUUUGCUGAUAUGCUGUCCGGCAACGUGAGUGGAUUCCGAUCUAGAUCGUCUUCUGUUGGCUCCUCCUCUUCCUACCCUAUAAGCCCAGCCCAUGCCAGAGGUCAGCUGACAUCUUGGAGUGAUCCUUCGGAUGAGACUGGCCCUGUGGCUGGCAUCCUGGACACGGACACCCUAGAGAAAGUGUCCGUUACAGAGGCCAUGCACCGCAAUCUCGUGGACAAUAUCACCGGCCAGCGCCUCCUGGAAGCCCAGGCUUGCACUGGGGGAAUCAUUGACCCAGCCUCUGGGGAAAAGUUCUCCGUUGCCGAUGCUGUCAACAAAGGUCUGGUUGACAAGAUCAUGGUGGAUAGGAUCAACCUUGCUCAGAAAGCUUUCUUUGGGUUUGAGGACCCGAGAACCAAGUCCAAGAUGUCUGCAGCUCAGGCCUUAAAGAAAGGUUGGCUGUACUAUGAGGCUGGCCAGAGAUUUCUGGAAGUGCAGUACCUGACGGGUGGGCUAAUUGAGCCUGAAGUCGCUGGCCGGGUGUCGCUAGACGAGGCGCUGCAGAAGGGCACCAUAGAUACACGUACAGCGCAGAAGCUGCGGGAUGUGAACACUUACUCCAAGUACUUGACCUGUCCCAAAACCAAGCUGAAGAUCUCCUACAAGGAUGCCAUGGACAGGAGCAUGGUUGAGGAAGGGACCGGCCUGCGCUUGCUAGAAGCUUCCUCCCAGUCCAGCAAAGGAUAUUACAGCCCCUACAACGUCAGUGGCUCUGGCUCCACCUCUGGCUCUCGAUCGGGGUCACGGACUGGUUCUCGAUCAGGUUCAAGGCGAGGGAGCUUCGAUGCCACCGGAUCUGGCUUCUCCAUGUCCUUCUCUUCCUCCUCUUACUCCUCGUCGAGUUACGGCGGGCGCAGAUACGCCUCUGGCCCAAACAGCUGCGCAGAUGCCACUGAACUCAGCCACACCUCCUUCCAGCGGAAUGGGAACUGUGGGUGGGAAGGAAGCCAGCCGAAGCGCCUUGAGCUGCACGGGCUGCAGCCGCCUGUGGCAUGAAGCCCCACCAGCCUCCAUACGCCUGAGAUCACAUUUAUCCUGCUCUGCAUGUGGUAAAGCUGCUGGCUAACCCGAAUAAUAAUUAUUGUUUUUUUAAUCUUUGAAACUCAUUUUCUUCCAAAGCAGUGCCUAAAGUUUAACCAAAAAGACUAGAUUAAAUAUAUUAAUAUAUAGGAUUGUUCUGACAGUAUUUGUAUAUUACGAGAGAGAGAGAGAGCGUGCACCCCCUUCCGUUUAGUCCUCCCUGGAAUUUGUUUGUUUGCACCAUCUGCUGAUUAGCAUAACCAGCCACAUGUCGACGCCACACGCAGGAGGGACCGGAAGCCUUUGGGUCAUUUUGUACCCUAACCAACUAGUAGGACUUUUUUCUGAUGAACUCUGCCAGCUCCACCCACCCCCCAAAGGAGGAAGGGACCCUUCUGCCGUGCCUUUAGCUCUGCUGCCGAUGCCAUCAGCACUCUCCAGAGGGAGGGAGGAAGGAAGGAAGAGCCCCACACUGAUCUUGUGCCCCAGAGACAUUCCCACAGGCCGUCAGCUCUAGCAAGCUCCUGGAGUCGUUGCCGUGGACCUCCAUCAGUAGGACAACCUGGGAAACUGCUCUCUGCUCCCAAAGCUGUUCCUUGGCUGGCCUCCCCUCAACCAUGUGGACUUGGCACUCAGACUACAUCUUCUAGUCCCUUGAAAGAUGCCCCUUUUUCAUUGGGAGAACUCCUGACCUGGUUUUCUGAAGUCAGCAAGUCCUGGACGACUGCGAGGGGAUGCCCGGAGGCAGCUGCUGCUCCUCUCUGGCCACCCA